AUGGUGGAUGUCUCCGAGCUCUCCCAGCGCGUGCUCCAGCUCACGCUGGACGACGAGCCGGCGCAGCUCCGCGCGGCGCUGCAGGAUUUGGAGCCCGAGGACGAGCGCGGCUUCGCGGCGACGACGGACGAGGGCGCCUACGCGACGCACAUCGCGGCCAACUUCGGGCGGUUCCACUGCUUGGCGGAGCUCCUGGACCGCGGCUGUCCGGCGCUGCGCAUGCCCUCGGGCCACACGCCGCUCAUGGUCGCGUGCCAGAGCGGCGCCGUCGACUGCGUCGCCGCGCUGGUGGAGUUCUACCCCGAGGACGUGCGCGCGUUCACGGGCCGGGGCCACACGCAGCGUCCUGUGGCCGUGACGAUUUUCGAGAGAUUUCGGCUGGGAAAACGAUUAAGAAUCGUUACUGUCAUGCUUGACGAGCGGGGGGACGACGCGACGUGGGUGCCGAUGGCGCGCCGCCCCUGGCGCCCGGACUCGCACUUCCUCUACCCCCGCGGCGCGCGGCGCCGCGCGGAGGCGGCCGCGGCCGUCGGCUGGGCGCUCGAGCGCGACGGCCGGCGCCACCUCGCGACGAUCUUCACGGACGCGGUCCUGCCCUACGCCGUCGCGCGCGAGCCGGGCGACCUGCUGUCCGUGGCCGACGAGCGCCGCGCGUACCUCGAGCUCUACCUGGGCGGCGUGGCGAGUGGACCGCUCGAGCCGGCUCGGACGAUGUCCGACUCGCCGGCGGCGGCGCCCGCGCUCGGCGACGCGGCCGCGACGAACGGCGGCGACGCGGCCGCGGCGAACGGCGGCGAUGCGCCCGCGGCGAACGGCGGCGGCGCCGCGCCCGCGGGCGCCGACGACAAGAAGCGCCGGCGAUCGAGCGACGGCGGCGACAAGGCGAGCAAGCGGCCGCGCGAGGAGAAGCGCAAGGAGAAGAAGCCCAAGGAGGCGCCCUACGACCCGCGGAAGACGACGGAGCCGCGCAAGCUCAUCGUGCCCGGCCCCCCGGGCUGGCACGUCGAGCUGAAGCCGCAGCUGUCGCCGCCGACGCCGAUGAUGGGCCCGUGCCUGCUGCCGCUGCCGCUCAGGGACAUGCUCCUCGAGUGCUGCAAGCACGAGCGCUGCUCCCUCGACGACAUCAAGCACUGGGGGCUCCACUGCGAGCCCGACGUGGGCGUGAAGAUCGACCUGAUCAAGGGCGACACGCCGCCGGGCGACCCGACGAACGUGCUCCCCGCGGAGGACGAGGCCAUCCUCAAGUCGCUGGAGCCCCUCAUGGGCGCCGACGACAAGGGCGGCGACGCCUUCGCCCGGGGCAAGAAGCACGCCAAGUCCGCCGUCUGGCUGAAGAACACGGUCUACCUCUCGAAUAACUUGCACGCGCCGGUGCACGAGUUCGGGUCGCGCGCCAAGGAGCAGCAGAAGCUCGCGGCGGAGACCAUGAACGCGAAGAUCGAGCACGUCGGCGGCACGGGCGCCAAGGCCGUCGACGCGUCCUUCGCGGCCGCGGCCGCGCUCGACGGCGACCUCGCGGCUUUGAAGCACGACAAGAAGCCGCACCUCAAGGCCGAGUUCUGCGUGCCCCUGGCGCCGGACCUGGACCUCUGGGCCAACUCCUACGUGCAGGUGGCGGUCCGCGACGACCCGGACUUUGCGGUGCGCGGCCGCACGGACGAGUUCGGGAAGCCGCUGCCGCUCGGGACGACGGCGUUGGUGUCCAAGGUCUGCACGACGUCGCACAAGCGCCGGGGCCACAACGUGCUCAGCGCGUCCUACUCGACGCCGGACCCGGACGACCCGGAGGCCUUCGCGUGGACGCGCCAGUACCAGCUCAACUUCAAGGAGGAGGGCGGCGCCGCGGGCGACCGCCUCGCGCUCUUCGUCGACCGCGACCGGGGCGUCGCGACGUACCUCCAGCAGCAGCCCAAGCGCAUGGAGCUCGACAAGGGCCGGCCCACGGAGGCCGCGCGCGAGGACAGCGAGACGCCCAUCGACCUCAAGUGGAGCGGCAAGACGACCGUGACCUACGAGCGCGGCGCGGCGCACGGCGCGCCGGGCUUCGACGCGGCCACGCGGAACGCGCACCGCCAGAAGAUGCGCGCCAUCGACAACGUCGACAUCUCCGGGGACGAGGAGGAAGAGGACGACGACGACGACGACGAGGAGGAGGAGGCCUACUUAUCGGUUGGCCGCUCUCUUUUGGGCAGCAUGUACGACCGCCGGGUCGCCGGCCUGCUCGCCGCAGCGGCGGCGGCGCAGCAGGUCGUCACGCCGCUGCGCGACUUCACGGUGAGCUGCCCGGCGACCUACGUCUGGGACGACGAGACGCUGAGCGGCGGCGGCCACCUCUUCGAGUACUACCACUUCCUCAUCGACUUCGCGCCGCGCGUGCUCGAGGCCUUCGAGGCCAACGGCGAGGAGUGCGAGGACAUCACGAUCCUGGCGCCCCAGAAGCUGAGCGGGGGCAAGCGCGUCUUCCUCGUCGAGCUCAACGAGGCCGCGUCGAUGCGCGCGCAGCUCGCCGCGGUCUUCGAGCCGCAGCACCGGAUCACCGUCGAGCUCUGGCAGGGCCACGGCAAGGACCCGCUGCCGGAGGUGCUCGACGGCCGCCGCAUCGGGAGCCCCGACGCCGAGUCCUGGAGCGCCCAGCCGCGCUACCGCUUCGACCGCUUCCGGAGCCGGGUCCUCGACGUCGCGGGCUACCCCGCGCCCUUCGACCGCGCCAUCGACGUGCUCAUCGUCCGGCGCGGCAAGCCGACGGGCGACGCCGAGGGCUGGCUCACGGGCUACGACCGGCGCCACCUCGACGCGGGCUUCUUCGCCGACGCGGAGCGCGCGCUGCGCGACGAGCCGUCCGUGCUCGGCAACUUCCGCGUCGUCGAGCUCGAGCGGGAGCCGCUGCCCCAGCAGGCGCGCCUCUUCGCGUCGGCGCGCGUCGUCAUCGGCGCCCACGGCGCGGGCCUGAGCAACGCCGUCUUCUGCGCGCCGGGCACGCUCGUCGUCGAGAUCGGCAAGGCGCCGUGCAAGGCGUGGUUCCCGUGCUUCGCGACGCUCGCUAAAGUCGUCGGGCUGCGCUUCGCCCACGUCGAGGCGGCGAAGACGCUGACGGGGCCCGUGCUCGACCUCGUCGUCUCCCACCUCACGGGCAGGCCGCCGCCGCCGGGCGCGUUCUCGAACCCCGAACCCGAGGCCGUCGAGAGCACGUACGCGCCGCCGCCGCCGCCCCCGCCGCCGAAAAAGAAGACCGACGACGAGAUCCACGCCGUCGUCGUCGCCGGCGACCUCGGCGACUGGGGCGCGGCCACGGCGGCCAUCGCGGCCUUCCGGAGCUGGCAGAGCGGCUUCGGCGCCCGGACGCUCGUCGCGUCGGGCGUCGCGGCCGCGGACCUCGACGCGCUCUACCGCAAGGCCCUCCUCGCCAACGAGGGGCCCCUGGCGUCGCGCGACGCCUUCGGGACGACGGACGGCAAGGGCUCGCUGGCCCACUUCCGGGCGUCGCUCACGGACUACCAGGACGGCGGCGCGCUCGCGAACGCGUCCGACGCGCGGCGCUGCGCGGCCGGCGCGGGCGACGUCGACGGGGCGUGGUGGCGGAGCCGCGACGACGACUUCUACGCGCACCAGCUGCGCAUCAUCCUGGCCCUCGCGCGCGCGAAGGCGCGCGACGGCCACACCGACGUGAAGUGGUACUUCGUCGCCGGCGACCGCGCGCUCGUGCACCCGCGGCUGCUGCGGGACCUGGCGCGGUCCCUGGAGCGCUACGGCGACCCGCGGACGACGCGCGUGCGCGUCGGCCACACCAUCUUCCCCCACGCGGCGAAGCGGCCCGUCUUCGCGAGCCGCGCGGGCUUCUUCGCGAGCCGCGCGGCCGUCGACGCCGUCGACUGGUCGCGCGCGCUCCGCGCCGCCGCGGCCUGCGAGCCGGUGCCCGGCGUGCCCGAGCCCCUCGGUGGCCUGCCCGCGGACCUGAAGCUGGAGGCCAUCUUCGCGUCCAAGUCCAAGUUCCGGAGCUUCGCUACGGAUUUCGCGCGGACGCGCGACGCGAAAUUCGCCGAGGCCGCGCGCGUCGGGCCCUACCGCGGCGUCUUCCGGGUCGCGGCCGCGGACGGGACCGUGGCCUACCGCGCGAAGAUCGCGGAGAAGGGCCGCCUCGUCGACGUCGGCGGCUUCGCGUCCGAGGUCGAGGCCGCGCGCGCGCACGACGCCGCGGCCGUCGCCGCGGGCAAGGCACCGAAGCGCCUGAAUUUCGGCGCCGUCCGGGGCGAGGUCGCCGUCCACGUCGGGUCCCUGGGCCUGUCGACCCACCGCCACGAGGCGCGGCCCAUGGGCAUGGCCGCCUGGCACGCGCACCUGCCCGCGAAGCGGCUCCUCGAGGACUUCCGCAAGCUCCGGGACUACGCGACGGAGAGCCUCGACGGCACGGCGUGCCUCGCGUCGGCGCUGACCUGCGCCGACGCGGACGUCGCCGCGGGCCACCACGGCCGCUGCGCCUGCCCGCGGUCCUAG